AUGAUACAACAAUUAUAUCAUGAACCGAUUUAUUCAGUUCAACAACAACAAUCAUAUUUUCAUGUAAAACAAUUAAAACAUUUAACAUGUAAAUCAAAUCAUUCAGAUGAAUGUUAUCGAAAUUAUUUAGAAAAAAAUUUCUCGAUUGGUUUUGGACAAUUACGUGAAGUUGAAUAUGAAAAAAUUGAAUUUGCUAAUCCAUCCUUAGUUAUAUUAUCACCAACAUUGGAAAUUAAUGAAUUAGAAAUAAUGAAAUUAACAGAUAAAUUAACUUUAACAUUAGAAAAUCUUAAUCAAUAUAGAAAACGAUAUGCUAUUAUUCAUACUGAUGAUAAUUCAUAUAUUAUUGGUGGAUAUAUAUUUGAUCCAAUUAAUAAAUUACGUAAAAUACCUAAUCAUGAUUUUAAAUAUAAUCGAAAAACUGAAUCUCUUCAAACAAUUACAUCAUUACCGAAUAUGAAUGUUAGUUUUGGAUUAGCUACAGAUGGAAAAUAUAUUGUUAUAAUCGGUGGUCAUACUCCUUCAAAUAAACCAUCUGCACAAUGUUAUAUUAUGGAAAUAAAUAAUUUACCGGAAAAAUGGAUUUCUUUACCAGAUCUUCCAUUACCUAUAUCAGGUUCAGGUGUUGGAAUGAUUGAUGGGGAAAUACAUGUUAUUGGUGGAUUUGAUAUAUUAUCUUCGGUAAGUAUUACACAUGGUGAAUAUUAUCGUUUAAUAUGGACAACGGAUACUCAAUGGAAACAACUAACAUCAAUUGAACCUAUGAGAGCUCGAUCAUUAGUUAUUUCAAUUCCAAAUGAAAAUAUCUCAUUUGGAAGAAUUAUUUAUGUUGCAGGCGGCUAUAAUGUUAAUGUAAAACGUCGUCCAAUGGUUGUAUCAACUAUUCAUAUGUAUGAAGAAAAAGAAAAUAAAUGGAAAUUUAUAACCCAUAUACCUAAUUUCAAAUUAAUACAUGGUCUUUCAUUUUAUGAUGAUAAAUUACAUGUAUCGGAAUCAAUAUUAAAAGAAGGUAAUGAAUCAGAUAGUCGAAUAAUUCGUUCAUAUGAUUUUCAAACAAAUCAAUGGAUUGAAUUAUCAAAGAAUUCAUAA